AUGCUGAGAUCCUUCCCCUCCGUGGCCGUGGCAACGUUGCUCCUCGUGGCAACGUUGCUAUACCUCCUCCAUAUGUUUCUUUCAACGAGGAGCUGCAGGAUCUUUAGCUCACCACCGGCCAGGCCUGGGGCAGUGGGGCCGCGGCUUCUUCCUCCAGGCCCGUCGCCAUGGCCGGUGGUGGGAAGCCUGCCGGAGAUGACUUUGAACAAGCCAGCGUUUCGGUGGAUCCACCGCGUGAUGCACGAUCUAGGCACCGAUAUCGCCUGCUUCCGUCUCGGCGGUGUCCACGUGAUCCCCGUGACGUGCCCCAGGAUCGCUAGGGAGGUGCUCCAUAGGCAGGACGCCAACUUUGCGUCCCGCCCGUUGAGCUUCGCCUCGGGCGCCGUCAGCGGCGGAUACGUUGAUGUCGUGCUGGCACCCUUCGGGGAGCAAUGGAAGAACAUGCGCCGGGUGGUCCUCUCGGAGAUCGUCUGCCCUUCCCGCCAUAAGUGGCUCCAUGAGUGGCGCGCCCAAGAGGCCGACAACCUCACACGCUACGCCUACAGCCUCGCCCUGCAGCGCGCAGCCGUGGAUGUGAGGCACGUGGCGCAGCAUUACUGCGGCAACGUCAUCCGCCGCCUCCUGUUCGGCAGACGAUACUUUGGUGGAGGGGGGAUUGAGGACGGCGGGCCGGGGCCGCUGGAGGUCGAGCACGUGGACGCCUCCUUGGCCACGCUGGGGAUGGUCUACGCGUUCUGUGUCAGCGACUACCUCCCAUGCCUGCUCGGGCUCGACCUCGACGGCCACGAGAAGAAGGUAAGGGCGGCCCUCUCCAAGAUGGACAGGCUGCAUGACGCGGUCAUUCAUGAGAGGUGGCGGCAGUGGAAGUCUGGCGAGAGGCGGCCGGAGGAGGUCGAGGACUUCCUCGACAUCCUCAUCUCGUUUAAGGACGCGCCGCUCUCAAUCGACGAGGUCAGAGCUCUCUGCAGGGACAUAGUUUUGGCGGCGCUGGACAACCCGUCGAACGCGGUGGAGUGGGCGAUGGCGGAGAUGGUGAACCAGCCGGAGCUGCUGGAGAAGGCAGUGGAGGAGCUGGACCAGGUGGUGGGGCGCGACCGGCUGGUGCAGGAGUCAGACAUCCUGAAGCUCCGGUACGCCAAGGCGUGCAUCCGGGAGGCGUUCCGGCUCCACCCGGUGGCGCCCUUCAAUCUGCCGCACGUGGCGCUCGCCGACGCCACUGUGGCGGGCUACCACAUCCCCAAGGGCAGCCACGUCCUCCUUAGCCGGGUCGGGCUGGGCCAGAACCGGGCCGUCUGGCCCGACCCGCUGCGCUUCGACCCGGAGCGCCACUUGGUGAACAAUGACGUGGCGCUGGCAGAGAGCGAGCUGAGGUUCAUCUCCUUCAGCACGGGCCGUCGCGGGUGCAUGGCCGCGUGGCUCGGGACGGCCAUGAGCGUCAUGCUCUUCGGGAGGCUCCUGCAAGGAUUCACCUGGAGCAAGCCGGAAGGCGUGGAGGUUAUCAGUCUCAAGGAGGCCCAGCAUGACCUCUUCAUGGAAAAGCCGCUGUUGCUUCAUGCCGAGCCACGCCUCCCGGUGCACCUCUACCGAGCGGCUAGCUGCUUAACCGGUUAAUUAGCUGCUGCUUUGGGAAAUAACUCCAAUUUUCUCCAUAUAUGGUGUUGGAUCGAGUGGCUAGUGUUUGGGGGGAAAGAGAGAUUCCCCUUGAUUUAUCUAGUCUAAUGCAAUAAAAAAAAGGGUGUAUUGGGUCCUACUACCCCUAGGUGUCUUCUCUUAUACGCAUCGCCGUCUAAUGAGUAUGAGAAAUACAAGAUCCUCGUGCGCGCCGCGGCCGGCGUCUUCCAUAGUGCGGGGCGUUGGGCAUGGAUGGGCAAGAGGCCGUGGACGUGGAGCCCCGCCGACUCGAGCUCGCCGGUUCUCUUCGACCCGCGGAGCACCCGGACGGCCGCACCGUCUUCGUGUCCGCGCAGCAGCGCCGGGCCGGCGGCACCGGGCCGGACCUCAGCGAGUGGACUUGACACGGCGGCUGGCUGCUGCCAUUCUUCGAGGCCCAGCUCGACGCGUGGGUCGGGCUCUGCCGCGAGCAGCACGAUCCGGACAGCGGGCGGCGCGACGCCGUGCUGGCGCACAUGGGGGAUGCCAGGUUCUGCGUCGUGGAGCGCGCGGCGCGGGACGGCGGCCGCGAGUGGGUGCUCCAUGUCACCACGUUCCUGUCAGGUAUGGCAAGCGCGGCGGCCUCACGGUCGCGGAUCGCCGCCACGUCGGAUCCUACCUGGUGCCCAGGCACAAUAUGUUCUUCAAAGUGCAGGCAUUCUUCGUGUAACAAAAAAAAUUUUAGCUCGAUGUUUAAGAACGAAAACAAAAUUGCCGCGCCAAGCAUUCCUAGGAUAUAUAC